GCAGUGGAGAGGAUGUCAGGAGCGCGGGCACGAGGGGCACCGCCUUUGGGUAGUCUUCUCCUGCUGUUGGCGGUGGUGACGAGAGGAGCCCACGCAGCUUUCUCCAUUAAGGGCAUCACUUGGAACGCGGAGUCGAAAAUGGUGGAAAUCAUCAACGAAGGCGGAGAGAUCGCGGCCCAGGAAUUGCGUCUCUUCGUCUCUCCUCUCGGCUCCUAUCUUAGCUCGCAGGACCUGACUGAUCUGACGCCAGCCUACUCAGGAGAGUUGCAGGUCGCAGAUCUACCGACGACGGGAACUGCCAUGGAAGUGGAUGUAUCAACCGCCUCAGUUCCUGGCUCCUUGGAGACCUGUGGCCAGUACUUCCUGGUGGCAGCGAUUCGGGAGACAGGAUCGACGAAGCGGCCGGCGCAGGGCAGCAUCAGCAUGAAGAAAGAGUGUGAAGAGGAUAUCGAUCUCAAGUGGUUUUUGGAAAUCAACGAAGAGGAAGGAACGCCUGACUUGUACAUGGCUCCAGGCAGUAACGUCGUUGCGAAAGGUGGGAAGCUGAGUAUCCUUAACACUGGAGGUGGAAACCUGGCCCUUCGUUCAGCCGUGGACACGCCCGAGAUCGCAGCUUACCUCGGGCCCAGGUCGUGGGACUGGGACCUCCAGUAUAAGUUCCAGUAUCGAAACGGGAGCUCUCUUCAAGAAGUUAUGGAAAGUACACUAGCCAGUCAUCGUGAGUACUUCGAUGUCUAUAAUGUUGAAGACUUCAUCCAACUUAAAGGCUGGAGUACGGUACUUGUGGAUAUUAACGCAGCGACCAGUAUCGACCUUCCAGCUGGUGGGAAUCUGGAGAUGGACUUGGAGAUGCUUGAAGCCCCGAAGAACAUCCCGUGCAUCGACGAAAUCGGCCUCCUGGUGCUUGUUAUCGACCCUCAGAAUAAGACCAAAGAUUCCAACGUGACAAACAACGUAGCUGUUUUGCCAGUUGGUCUAUCCUGCGAAAGCAAUACCUUGAACCCUGGCUUUGAUACUCCGAACUGCUUAGUCAUCCCCAACUUGAACCACGACGGCAGGAGCGCCACCAUGAUCAUGAAGAGAUUUGGAGACACCGAGGCAUACGAGUUCAAGACCCGCAAAGGCAGCGAAGGCUUCAGGAAGAUGAGGACCGAUGAACUGCGAGAGGAAAUCGAGCAGUACGACAUGGCGAGCGUGCGCAUGGAACGCCUCAAGGCCCUGGGGAGGUGUCCUCAGGAAUCCGGCGAGGAGGAGGAGGAAGAUCCGUGGGCGCAGGAUCUCCUGAGUGUUGUCACCUCCCUGAAGGACGGCCUUGACGGGCUGACAGUGACGAACGAGGACGCCGCAGCCGAGCACGAGAAGAUCCAGACGCUGCUGGGGCUCGCGAAUGACCUCCUGACGCUGACGCUGGAGGAGGACGGCCCCGUGCGGUACGUCGUCCUCAGCUUCCUCAACCGCCUCCCCGACCUGUUUGUCAAGGACAUCGCCAUGCUGAUGGGACCCCAGAAGGCCUGCAUGAUUGGACAGGCCGCCCUCCUCGAGUCGGUGGGCGGCCCGGCGGCUGAGCUGGCCAAGGAGAUGAUGGAGAUGAACAGCAUGGAACGACCUCGGAGGUGGUCGCCCCGCCGCGAAGACUGCAGACCCGGCCGCCCGAGGUGUUCUGACGGAAUGUGUUUGAGAAAGAACAACAUUUGCGACGGCAGAAUGGACUGUGGCAACGGACAAGACGAGGACCAGCGGAUCUGUGCGACCUUCAAGAGAGGCUCCUUCGAUCCUUCCUGCGCCCUGAACUGCACCAACAUGAGCGGGGACAGGGUCUGCAUCCCGGCCGUCUGGCUGUGCGACGGGAUGGCCGACUGCGCUGACAGCCUGGAUGAAGACGCACUCCUGUGUCCCUUCAAUAAGACGCAGGGAACGUCUUUCCUGAGGGACCAGGAUUCGAAGCCCAUAGACAUCGAUUCGGAAGGGAUGAAGGGAACGAAAACGUCUCCCAAAGACGCCGAAUGGACCGAAGGAAGCGAGAACCGGGACGAGAAAACCAUGGAGCGCUCUCGAACCAAGAGGAACUUCAUUUACUUCCCCGACCAGAUGACGACGCAGCAGCCGAGAACAGAACGGUCGUUCCCCGAAAACGUCGACGAGGGUUUGUUCUCCGAAAACUACGAUUAUGGGGACGAAUCUUAUGAUUAUUCAUACAACGGCUUCGCAUACGGGGACCAGCAGAACGGAGGUCGGCCUGGAGGCUUCGUUCCAGGGGGCGUCCCUCCCCCAUUCGACGGCCCUCCUCCCUAUGGCGGCCCUCCUCCAUUCGGCGGCCCCCCUCCCUAUGGCGGUCCUCCCCCAUUCGGCGGACCACGUGGACACCCGGCGAUUCGAACCAUCCGCGAAGUAGUGCCGCCUAUGCUUCGCCGCUUGGUCCUGCAGGUGUACUUCAGGCUUGCCACAGGAGCUGAAGCCGAGGACCUGACGGAGCUCUCGUUCCUGCCCAUGUCGACUCGCGAAUACAUCAAGAAGAUCUACGACUACGUGACCACCGGCACCCCCCCGCGAGUCUGCGAGCCGUGGAGAGUCGCCUCCGCCAAUGGAUCGGUGAUGGAUUCGCUCGUGUUCUACAUGAUGCAGAACCCGUUCAACAACCCCAUGGCCGUGACGCAAGAGAAAGUCGACCAGCUGCUUAACUUCUUGAAGAACAACGUAUCAGAGGAAGUCAGGAAAGUCAUUAAGGGAGACCAAGUCAUGGAGAGUCUUCUCAAUCUAUCCAUUAGCUACAUCGACAUCCUGAGAGAGAAUUCGGACGAUAUCAUUGAUCUCAUCAAGGAGGGCGUUCGAAUGAUGAUGCUCUCUCCUGAGGAACUGUGUAUGCUGGUCACCACGAAGCCAGGACCCGAACCCGACGAUGACAUGCGCUGUAUGAGGAUGGCUCAGAAGGACGUCCUGAAAAUCGUUGAAUCGGAAGAAGACAAGGAAGAUCCCUUCUUCCAGAAUCCACUGAAGCAAGCAUUGUCCAUGGCUUUGAAAAAACACAUGAAAAAGGUGUUCUGGAAACAAGAGGAAGGUUCAGUGUUCCGAGGAAGAAGGUCCAGGAUCACCGGCACGAUGGCCUGGGAUAAAGUGGCCGUCUGCAGCUGCUCGUCCUGUGGGCAAGGCGGUGGUUUCGGAGGCGGGAACGGCGGGGGCUUCGGAAAUGGCGGAGGUUUCGGAGGAGGAUUCGGAGGCGGGAACAGCGGCGGCUUCGGAGGAGGAUUCGGAGGCGGGAACGGCGGAGGUUUCGGAGGUGGCUUCUCAGGAUUCGGAGGAGGUUUCGGAGGCGGGAACGGCGGAGGAUUCGGAGGAGGUUUCGGAGGCGGGAACGGCGGAGGUUUCGGAGGUGGCUUCUCAGGAUUCGGCGGCGGCUUCGGAAGUGGCGGAGGUUUCGGAGGCGGAGGCUUCAGUGGCUUCGGAGGUGGCGGAGGCUUCGAAGGCGGGAGCGGAGAUUAUGGCGGCUUUGGCGUUGAAUUUGGCAGCGGCAUGGGAGGCGAAUUUGACAGCAGUUUUGGACAAGAGCCCUUCGGUUUCUCGGCCGCUCGCACGAACAAGAAAACGGUUUCACUUAGAAGAGAAACAAGAGACAUCCUAGCCGGGACGAAAACCGAGCUGUGGGCCGCGUCGGAGGAACGCACUGACGGCGGAAGGAGCCUCAGCGGGGUGGUGGUCAUUUUCCCGUCGGUGACCAGCGGACUCCAGCCAGGCUCCGUGUGCAAGGACCGGCAGUGGGGCACCGCUGAGGCCUGGGUCGUGUGUCGGGAGAACGCGACCGAUAACGA